AUGGAGCAUCCGGUGUGUCAUUUGAACGACAUUAAUGGCGACGUCCUGGGAGAUAUCAUGGCUCGUUCUGAUGGUUUAACAAUGGCUGCUGCUGCAUGUGCCUGUUCUGGCCUCCGUGAUGCCGCUCGAGACCAAAGGUUAUGGAGGCAGUUGUGUCACUCUACCUGGCCCUCUACAGCACUUCCAGAAGCCGGACUUCUUAUUUCCUCUGCAACCAUUGGUGGUUACGACAAGUUCUAUGCCAACUCCUUUCCGCUAAUAGCACAUGGAAAAUCAAUUCAUUUUACCGAUCCGAAGAACUUUAAAUGUCCAGAACUUAAAACGCAGGUCUCUGCUUCUCAUUUUGCAUCGCUGGUAGACAUUUUCUACAAAAAGGACUGCGUUUUCUCCAAAGUAAUGGAUGGCAUCCCCCAAGCAACGGAUGCUAACGAUGACAAAGGUAGUGAGUGCAGUCCGAAUGUGAGCACCGAUGACUGUCGCAGAUGGUACUCAAAUUGCCCAUUUAAACUAGAGCUGUUGAGCCUGGAAAAUGAUGAAGGAACGGGUUUUGAAGGCGAACUCGGGUAUGCCGACAACGAAGAUGAGGAUCAUGACCUCGGACACAAUGCCAAUGAUGAAGAGAGAAGAGGUCUUUUAGCCAUGGCAGUGGCAGAGAAUGGAGAUCUGAGACAUGAUCACAGCAAGGAGCUGGAGGAAAACCUCAGGUUAAGUUGGGUGCUGCUGGACAAGAAAAACGGCACAACUGUAAAUCUCUCAAGCUGGAAGCCACUCUUAGUACAGAGGAGCUGGCCUUUUAAUGGGGAUUAUGUCCUUCAUUCUGGUAGCAUUAUACCGGUGGAGGACAGUUUGCUGCAUCACAAGUUGGCCAAAUGCAAAAUCAUAAUUAGAUGCAAGCCAACGGAAAGUGGUGGGCGUCCAAACUGGAGGGAAAUUAGCAUGCAGAUCGAGGACAUUACAGGUGCUAGUGUUGGUGGAAGUAAGAGUUUGGUGGCUCUGAAUCACGCUCUAGAUUGCUUGAGGAGUACAAAUCACCUUGAAGUUGAAAAGGGUUAUCGCCAAUAUGAGAAGAAGCAGAGAGAGGUGAUGAGGAAAAAGGAGUUCCAGGAAAACUUUAUAGGCGGAUUUUAUGUAUCAGUUGAAGUUGCUGUGUUUGUAACGCUCUGUUAUUUUUGCUUAUUUUUCUAG